UGCUUGUGGAGUCGCACCUUCCUGUAACCAUCCCCAUCCGAGUAUCAAAAGAAAAUCUAACAAAAUAUAAUACGACCCCACUGCUCAUUCUUCAACAAAUCCCCACCUAUUUCUAUAAGCAUAAUUCUAUCACUGCAUUCACAUGGCAAUUCCCACCCCCCAAGCCCCUGCAUAAAAGCCGCCCAGCUAGCAGCUGCAGCUGCAGCAACCCCAGCAUCAUUACUCACCCCCCUCCCAGAGUUCCAAGAAACUGGAGAGCCAAAGAUAGGUGGUCGGGUCUCUCAUAUCUCAAAACCAAUUCCUAUUUAUUUCUCUUGCUACUGGUUUUGCUGAGAGAGAGAGAGAGAGAGAGUUUUAAGGAGGGGAAGGAAAGGCGAUCUUUUUCCCAGGUGAUUGAAGUAGGAGUUUCUUCAGAGCUAGCAUAAUAUAAUGGGAUUCCCGGUUGGCUACUCAGAGCUGCUCCUCCCCAAGCUCCUCCUCCACACGGUCUUCCUCCUCGGCUUCGUCCGGCGGCUCAUCUCCUGGGUGUUCACCGCCGUCGGCCUGGGCGACCUCCUCGACUCCGACAUCCCCUGGUCCGACCCUCCUCCCCCAAACGGCCACAGCCAGCACCACCGCCCGGAAUUCCGGUCGGCGUCGGCGAUGCUGAUCCAGGAGGUGCUGCCGGUGGUCCGGUACGAGGAGCUGGCGGGGGAGGGGCAGCACCUGGGGGACAAUUGCGCGGUGUGCCUCUACGAAUUCGAGGCGGCGGAGGAGGUGCGGCGGCUGACCAACUGCCGCCACAUCUUCCACCGCGGCUGCCUCGACCGCUGGAUGGAGCAUGACCAGCGCACCUGCCCGCUCUGCCGCACGCCGCUCAUCCCGGAGGAGAUGCAGGACUCCCUCAGCGACCGCCUUUGGGCCGCCGCCGGCGUCCCCGACUCCUUCUACGACUACUAUUAUUCCUCCUUCCCUUCUCCUCCUCCGUCGCCGACGCUGCUUGUUCACCACCAGCUGCUUUCCUCUUAGAGGGACCGCUAACUCGUAUAAAUGCCAUACAAAUGGCCAAUUGUACAUACCACACUCGCGGGAACCAGAAUGGAGAUAUUUCCCCAACACCGCCCCCCCACCCCCCAAAAAAAAAGAACAGAGAGAGUAUCCAGAAGAAAAGAGAGAAGGCCAGAAAUUACGUGCUUGUUCUUCGUAAUCUGGAUUGCUUGCCGAACGCUAGAAUUGGAAUUCGAUAUGUAGUAUGUAAAGGUCUUUGUUAUUGUUUCGGUCUGUAAUUUCUUGAGGGUCGAGAUAGAAAGGUUGAUGCAGAAAAGAUGGGUGGUAAGAGAAGCUCAGGUUGGCGAUUUGCUGGGGGCGCCGCUGGAUUAGAGUCUGGGAUUUCCACUUCAUCGCGGUUGAGUGUUUCGACGAAUUGGAAACGGUGAGCGCUCUCCCAAGAGAGGAAGAUCUAGAGAGAGUAGAGAGGAACAAGGUGUUCACAUUUGUUUAUCUUCCUCUAUCUAUAAAAAAAAUAUUAUCUUUCCCAUUAUUGAGUAUUUUUAUUUCUGACAGCUGAUAAAUGAACUAGUUCUUUAA